AUGGAAAUAGGAAAUAAGGUUUACCUAAAUAACAUUGACCAGAUAGAUGAAAAAUCGCAUAUCAAGGUUCGGGUGCUUAAAAUUUGGAACUUUUUCAGAAAUAAUAAAGUUUGUUCCAUUGAAAUGAUCAUCAUGGAUGAGGAGGGUACACAAUACCAAGCUCGUGUCUUCAAUCAGAAUUUCUCCAGAUUUCGUCAUCUUUUAAAGGAAGAUGAAAGUUAUAUAGUUAUAAAACCCAAUAUGGCUGCUGUUACUAAUGGUUUUAGUUAUACAGAUGACUUUAAGGGCAAUUUUCCAUUAAAAACAAUCUGUGAGAUCACCGAACCAAUUAAGGAAAUGAAGUUUUUAUUAGUUGCUUCCAUUGUUAAUAUAAGGCAGAAUCUACCAUGGUAUUAUGAAGCAUGCAAAAAAUGUGGAAAAAAAAUUAUCCCUGUUCCCAAAACCAAUCAUUCGUAUACCAACCCUGAGGGAAUUUCAGAAACUAUGGUUGUCGAGUGUACAAAUGCACAAUGCAAAAAAUCUGAAUUUCAGUAUAUAAUUCCAAUUAACGUACAAGAUCGUACUGGAACCAUUGGAUUGACUCUUUUUGAUAGGGAAGCAAGGAGGUUGUUAAAUAUAAGUGCCUACGAGUUGAAAAAGAUAUAUGAUGCGGCCGGAGACAGUGAUGCCCUAUUUCCAAUGCAACUUAAUGUGUUGAAAAACCGCAAGUUUGGUUUUGUUGUAGAUAUUACAGAAUACAAUGUCAACAACUAUAAUAACAUCUACACAGUUCUCAGAGUUACAGAAGAUAUGUCCAUUGUUUGUGAAUUGGAAAGUAAAAUAGAACUUAUGAGUAAUCAAUCUGUCUCCUUAAAUCAAGUUGCUUUGGAAUCCGAUGAUGUUGUACAACCUGUUCAAAAGGAUGUGAUCUCACAAACAGACGAAAGUUUUACACCCUCAACAGUUGAUAAGUCAACCGCAACAAGUCCUUGCAAAAUAUCAGGUGAUUUGAAGCGCAACCUCCAAGAAAUUUAUGAUGUUGAUUCUGGAUAUGAUUUAAGUUCAACUAAGGCUAAAAGAAAGUCAACCGCAGAGGAAACUCCACUCUUGAUUCCAAAAAUUGAAAAGUGA